AUGCUCAUCCGAGUUUCCGCUCGGCCUGCGACAUUUGCCGACGAUUUCAAAGCCGCAUGGUCAGAAUCUCAUAUCCGCAAGCUCGACGGUGGAAAAUCUAUUCAACUUGUGCUUGACCAGAGCACAGGAAGUGGAUUUGCUUCUCAAAGAAAGUAUCUAUUCGGACGAGUGAGCAUGAAGAUCAAACUCAUUCCCGGCGACUCUGCCGGUACGGUCACCGCCUUCUACAUGAACUCGGAUACAGACAAGGUGAGAGACGAACUGGAUUUUGAGUUCUUGGGAAACAGAAGUGGCCAGCCUUACUCGGUACAGACAAACAUAUUUGCUCAUGGCAAAGGAGAUAGAGAACAAAGGGUUAAUCUUUGGUUUGACCCUUCUUUGGAUUUCCACACUUACUCUAUCUUAUGGACACACAAACACAUUGUAUUUUACGUGGACGAUGUACCAAUAAGAGAAUACAAAAACAAUGAAGCCAAGAACGUAAGUUACCCAACAUCACAGCCAAUGGAAGUUUACUCAACGUUAUGGGAAGCCGAUGAUUGGGCGACACGUGGCGGAUUGGAUAAAAUUGAUUGGAGCAAAGCUCCGUUUUAUGCUUACUACAAAGAUUUCGAUAUCGAAGGUUGUCCUGUUCCUGGACCCACCUUUUGUCCAUCGAACCCUCGAAACUGGUGGGAAGGUUACGCUUAUCAUUCACUUAACGCCGUCGAAGCUAGACGUUACCGUUGGGUUAGAGUAAAUCAUAUGGUUUAUGAUUAUUGUACCGACCGGUCUAGGUAUCCGGUCCCACCGAUCGAGUGUCGCGUUUGA